UUUCCUAGUCAACGAGCGUCCGCUGUAGUUUCACUUCAUCUGCGCCAACAUGGCGGAUGAAACGGCUAAAGCGCAGACUGCCCGGCCGGGCGGAGACACAAUAUUUGGAAAAAUCGUACGCAAAGAGAUUCCUGCCAACUUCAUCUAUGAGGAUGACCUGUGUGUAGCCUUCCCUGAUAUUUCUCCUCAAGCUCCCACUCAUAUCCUUGUCGUCCCAAAAAAGCCAAUUGUUCAGCUGUCACAAGUAGAGGAUAGUGAUGCUGAAUUGUUGGGCCACUUGAUGAUAGUUGCAAAAAAGUGUGCUCAAGAGGCGGGCCUGUCUAAAGGCUACAGGAUUGUCAUCAAUGAUGGGGUAGAUGGAGGCCAGUCUGUCUACCACAUCCACAUCCAUGUCCUGGGCGGACGCAGGAUGGAGUGGCCCCCCGGCUAACCUCCAUCUCCCGGCACAGACCAUUCUGCCAUCAGUUUUCACAUCUGUUCUUUGACAGUCUGACAACAAGUACUGUUAAAUUUAGACUAAAACAGUUCUUCAUGUGAAAUAAGACAAAAGAGUCAAACAAAACCUGGAAAUUCACCAAUAAAAUGCACCUCACAACAACA